AUGGGAACUCUUAAUGAAGAAACACUGAUCGGCAAGAAAAUCGAGGAAAGCGAGCAGGGUACCGAACUUGGCGUCAAGUUCCAUCGAGAGGGCGGAUUGUACAAGAAGCUCUGCACGCCGAACAUGGGUAAUCUGUUUUGGAACAAUGUGGUUCCUGGGAUCACUGACCACGAUAUCGGCGGGACCAAAUUCUUGCAAUCAUUUCCGCAAGAAUGA